AUGGAAAUGAUAGAAGAAAGUGAAGAAGAUGAUUUAGAUGAAAAAUAAGAUAAAUCUUAAAGAAAUAUACCUUGGGAUUUAAAAACAAUACGUUCAGAAGGAAAGUUAGGGAGUGGAGGACAGGGAACUGUUUUUAGAGCUUUUGAUCCAAAAAAAGAAAGAUAGAUAGCCUUAAAAUUUACAAAUCUACCUUUUUAUUGGUAAUAAUAAGAAGAAUAAUAUUUAAGAGAAAUUUAAAUACAAUCAUAUAUGACUAGUGUUGGCGUAAAAAAUAUACUAGAGGUAGAUAAAUAGGUUUAUAUAUAUCAAGAUAAAUAUGGGCAAUAGUAAAUUUAUUUAAUUAGUUUAAUGGAAUUAGGAGUUGGCUCAUUAGAUGAUUUAUUCAAAAUUUGUUUAAAUGAGAAAAAAAUACUUGCAGAAGAUGAUAUUUUUCAUAUUUUUUUCCAAAUUCUAGAAAGUUUAGACGGACUACAUAAAUAACAUUACGCACAUAAAGAUAUAAAACCUUAAAAUAUAAUAUAUUCGAUAAAAGAUAAAAGAUGGAAAUUAGCUGAUUUCGGUUGUGUGGAAAAAUUCGAUCCCGAAAAUUAAUUUUAAAUGCAUUCAGUUACAGGAACUCCUUCAUAUAUGAGUCCGGAAUU